UAGUCUGAUAAUUACUGGUAUCAGAUAAAGUAAACUGGGAAAAUUAUCAGUUAUCUUAUUUCAAGUUGGUGGUCCACAAACCGAUUCUGGUUUCAUUUACUAUACAUCUUCAGGAAAGCCAAUUAAAAUCAAUCAUGAAUUUAGACAGUCAUCCCAAUAUCUCUGAGACAAAGCUUUGUUGUGUUCGCUGAAGGAAACCGAAGCAAUGUUUUACAUCUCAACUCAAGCCUUCAAUUACAGGUUUUUGUUUCAAACCAUCUCAAUUAUUGGUUACACACACAAAGAAUUGCAUCCUUUGUUGAAAAAAUGUGCUUUCUCAUUGGUUUGCAGCCAUGAAAGGCUUUAAAAGCACCUCGACGCUCUUCAGAUAAUACUAGUCGCAACCAUGAGCUGAACAAACCUCAGAUAUGCUUUCAUUGUUUCUUGUAUUUUGCUAUUUAACUUUUUCAAAAUAUGAUCAUUCAAAACAAUUGACAAAAUGGAUGAAGAUAUUGCUGUCAUUGGCAUUGGAUGUAAUUUCCCAGGAGGUGAGGGUGUUGAUAAUUUCUGGAAAGUUCUUGUGGAGGGUAGGAACUGCGUUGUGGAGAUCCCAGAUGAGAGGUUUAACAAGUCGGAGUGGUUUCAUCCUGAUGAGAACCAACCUGGAAAAACACAGACGACUGAAGCUGCUCUAAUCGAAGGAUUUAAUGAAUUUGAUUACAAGUUCUUUGGUAUAAAUGAGGCUGAAGCGAAUUACAUGGACCCUCAGCAGAAGCUGUUGCUGCAGUGUGCUUACCGAGCUUUAGAGGAUGCUGGGAUACCAUUGGAAAAAGUGAGCGGAACCAAAACAGGAGUUUACAUUGGACUUAUGAACAGGGAUUAUGAGACCCUUCUGAACAACAGUCCCAGCUCGAUAACCCACUACAAUGGCACUGGAACUGCCAUGAGUAUAGCUGCCAACCGAAUCUCUUACACUUUUAACCUGACCGGACCCUCCUUUGCUAUUGACAGUGCAUGUUCUUCAUCUCUAGUGGCUCUUCACUUGGCUUGUCAAGCCAUCAGACAAGGAGACUGUGAUAUGGCUUUGUGUGGAGGAGUAAGCUGUAUCAUAGAGCCUCGAGUCUUUGUGGCCCUCAGCAAGGCAAAAAUGAUCUCACCUGAGGGCAAAAGCAAACCAUUCUGCCGCACAGCAGAUGGCUAUGGCAGAGGAGAGGGAUGUGGUGUAGUCCUUCUGAAGCCUUUGAAAAAGGCACUUGAGGAUUUUGAUCACAUUUGGGGUAUUGUCAGCAAGACUGCAGUAAACCAAGACGGUCGUACUGUUACACCUAUCACCAAACCCUCAAUGAGCCAGCAGGAGGCUUUACUGAGCACCGUCUACUCCUCUGAGAAUUACCUUGCGAACGUCCAAUAUGUAGAAGCUCAUGGCACCGGAACACCAGUGGGAGAUCCAGUUGAGGCGGGGAGUAUCUCAAAAAUCAUUGCUAAAGCGAGACCAUCAAGCUCUGGGCCUUUAUAUAUCGGCUCUGUCAAGAGUAAUAUCGGACAUACAGAAUCUGCAGCUGGGGUAGCAGGACUCAUAAAAAUUCUGCUGAUGAUGAAGCAUGAAACCAUUGUCCCCUCUGUAUUCUACUCCGCGGAUAAUUCCAGCAUAGACACUGAAGCUCUCAAUCUUAAAAUCCCCACCAGAGCCGAGAAAUGGCCUUACUCUGGCUCCAGGAUAAGGACGGCUGGAUUAAACAGUUUUGGGUUCGGUGGCACCAACGCUCAUGCCAUCAUCCAAGAGUAUGUGGCUGCGACAGCCCCUGACAUGCAGACUCUUCAGUCUUCAAAACUGCUUCCACUAUCUGCAGCCACGGAGAAGUCGUUUAAAAUGUGCAUAGCUGACACUUACCAGAAUAUUUCUGUAGAUGACACAGUUGAUCUACAAGCUCUCGCUUAUACAGCCGCUUGCAGAAGAAGCCAUGAGAGACACAAAUUUAGGAAAGUCUUCACUGCAAAAUCACUGUCAGAGUUAAAAUCUCUACUUAAAUCCAGCGGAAACAAGAAGUUGGCUCAAACAAAGCAAGACCUCAAGCUGGCUUUUGUGUUUUGUGGGAAUGGUGUUACAUAUAGGGGAAUGUGUAAGCAGCUACUUGAAGAGGAACCUAUCUUUAGGGACAAGGUCAAAGAAGUGGAAAACUACUUGAAGAAGUUCAGAUGCACCAGUAUUUUGCAAAAAAUCACAAAUGACUAUGACAAUGAGGAUUUCUCAAAACCAAAUGUUGUCCAACCACUUCUUUUUGCAAUUCAGGUUGGUAUUGCUCACCUUCUUAAGCACUGGGGCAUCGAACCAGAUGUUGUUCUCGGACACUCCGUUGGAGAGGUUGCUGCAGCACAUUGCUCUGGUCUGCUAUCCCUUCAGGAUGCAGUGAAGGUCAUAUACUAUCGCAGCGCUCUGCAGAGCAAAGUGAUGGGUGGAAAGAUGCUGGUCAUUGGUAACAUAGCCAUCACAGACGUUUUGAAAGUUCUGCCGGCAUAUACAGGAAAGAUCUGUCUAGCUGCUGUGAACAGUCCUAUGUCAUGUGUGCUGUCCGGUGAUAAAGAAGCUGUUGACCAUGUGCACCACAAGAUCCAGUCUUCAUUUAAGAACAAGAAUCUGUUUCUUCGUGUCUUGGAUGUACCUGCUGCAUACCAUAGUCAUAUGAUGGAUCCUGUACUGGGCCAGAUCAAAGACAGUAUUGGGUAUCUGACGCAAAAUCAAAUGGAGUGUGAACUGGUUUCUACAGUAACUGGAGAGAUAUGUCAUGAAGGAGACUUUGUAACAGGUGAAUACUGGGCAAGGAACAUCAGAAAGCCUGUUGCAUUUGAACAAGCAAUCAAAUCGGUUUCCAACAACAAGACGAACGUAGUCUUUGUGGAAAUUGGUCCAAGGCGAGCUCUGCAGAGAAAUAUUAUGGAGAUCCUGGGAAAUGACACCACAGUGCUUCCUACAGCACAGCCAGAUAAAGAUCACGAGACUAUGCUCACUACUGUAUCAAAACUGUUUGAGCUAGGGGUCAAUGUGAACUGGAACCAGUUUUACAAGGGGUUUGAAACGGAGCCCAUGUAUAUCCCAAGGUAUCAGUUCGAGUGUCUGAAGAAUGAGGUGUAUUUUGAGGAUGUAAGAAGGGGUAAUGAGAUAAUAUCACACUGUCCAAAUCCACUUAUAUGCCCAAGUAAACAUGACAGCAAAGUGGUCAAGUGCAACCUGUCACCAAGUACCACCUCCUACCUUUGGGAACACAAGAACAAUGGUAUAGCCAUUGCCCCAGGGGCUUUAUAUGUUGAACUGGCUUUUGCAUCUGUAAUGGAAACAGCUCUGCCAAAAAUGCCUCUUUCUUCAUUACAGCUCUCAAUCAAUUUUGAAAGUUUAUUUGUUCUAUCCAACAGCUGUCCUCCUCUUACAGUGACACUUGAGACAAGCGCAGACAAAACCUCAUUUCAGAUACAAUCCACAAAUACUGUACAUGCAUCAGGUGAUAUUAUCCAUUCAAGAGGACCUGCCAUGAUAGAACAUCGAACCAUCCACCUGAACACAGUGUUGAAGAGAUGUCCAUCAGUCAUUAAAAGCAACGAUGUGUACAAGACACUUAAUGAGGUAGGAUUUGAGUACGGGCCUAACUUCAAACAGCUGGGUGACAUUCGAUAUGGAAAAGAAUUUAAGGAGGCAAUCACCAGCAUCAGGAUUCCAGAGGAAUUACUCAACCAUCUCUAUGAGUAUUGCUUACACCCAGUGGUCUUGGAUUUAUUCUUGCAAAUGUCCUCAGUGCUAACAUUAACGUCUAGCACUAUCAGGCCUGGAUUUCCUUCAGCAAUUGGUGGCAUGGUUAUAUCUGCACCUCCACAUAAAGAGAUGUUCAUGUAUAUGAGACAAACCAAAGAUAUGUCAGACUACCUGGAGGUUUGUGGUUGUUUCACUGACAAAGAUGGACACGUCUUAAUUGAGCUAAAAGGCGUCAGAAUUCAUUUUCUGGAAAACCAUGCACAUAUCAGGGAAUCAUGUUUCUUUCAUAACCAAAGGAUAGCAGUUGACGCUGAAAGCAGUUUUUCACCCAGAAUCAAGGCUUUGGUUUUUGAGGACACCUUGGGGAUAGCAAGAAGUUUGAAGCCAUGCUUGCACCCAGAAUCAGUGUUUGUGCCCCCACCUGAUUUAACAGAACGCUCCAGCUUAGACAUCCCAAACUUGCAGUCUCUUUUGAGCACGCUAGAUGCAGAUCUAAAUGAAGUACUGUUUAUCUGGGGUGUGCAGAGUGUUUGUCACUUCAAAACACAGGACAUUCUAGACAGCUUGUCAGACAACUGUGAACUUUACCGUCAAGUUGUUUUGUCUAUGAGACGGUACAAACAUGCUUGCUCGAUUCGUGUCAUAACAUACAGAUCAGCAGAAGGGACAGCUGAUAAGAUAAAUCCUGGGUUUGUGUUUUCAGGCAUGACAAGGGCAUGUGCUGCUGAGCUGUCAGACAUUUCUUUCCAGUUAAUUGAUCUUUCAUCAGUCUCAAGAGAGGACAUAGAGGCAUUAGCUCAUGUGCUGUACUCAUACAAGAGUUACGAGUGUCCAGAGGUCUUGAUUGUCAAUGGAAAGGUUUACUCCAAUAUGAUAACUCGAACUCCCAUUACCACAGUCAGCAAAGCAGAGGUUGAAUUAAAACCCUUGCAGUUCCAGGAAUUUACUUUGCAGAUCGCCGAUCCCUACAAAGUGACAGGCUUAUCCGCUCUGCCCUUAGACGCAUCAGUUGGUGCUGUUGAGAGUAAAAGCGUUGAGGUUCAGCUCGACAAAAUAUGUUUGCAUUCAUCUGACUAUUUUCCAGUUAGUACAUCGGAACUACACUUUGGUCGAACAAUGUACUGGAACAAGUACACAACUCAUAACCACAGCCUCCUGGCACUUGACUUCAGCGCGACUAUUACUGCAGUGGGUAAGGAUGUCAGCAAACUUAAAGUAGGAGAUCAUGUUAUCUGUUGUUACCCUGUAAAAGCCACUUCCAAAGUUGUCCUCCCAGAAGCUGUUUGCUUUAAAGUAAAAAGUCUACCAUUUCUAAAGGAUGUUCCAUGUGUCUCGUACAUUGUCUUAAUCUGGGAGAUCUUACAAUGUGCAUUACCCAAGUCCAAACAACAGCAGAAGUUGGGCAUCUUAUCCACUGUUAGUGACUCUGCUUUGGUUAAGCUAUUGAUGCUUAUAGCAAAUAAAUCAGGCUGGAGUGUUUUUACGGAGACUGAGCUAAGUGAAUUAUCCCACAAUGUAAAGCAGUGCCAUCUUUUGGUCAUUCUUCCUCCAUAUGACCUCUCACACCUCUCAGAGAUCUUCAGUGUUGCCAAAUCAAAUAACAUUGUUGUAGUGUGUGACCACAGGCAGACACUUUGCUCUUCAUUGGAUGUAAUUCACAGGGACAGUGAGACAACUUGCUUGCAGACUCUCGAGAUGUCUACAAUCUUUCAGAAGUCACGUCUUAGGAUGCAUGGAGCUCUCAUACAGAAAUGGUUAACAGGAAUGCAUUUGCAUAGAGCAUGGCCAUCAAUACAGACCAGCACAUUUCAAGAAGAAUCUACAGAGCAUUCUGGAUCCUAUUUCAGUGCACAAACUCUGGACUUGAUAGCUUUGGGGAGUGAUGAUUCUGCAAACAAGAUGUCAGCCAUCCGUUUGCUUCCAAGAUCAAAGCAGAUGUUCUCAAAAGUGGGUGUAUACAUUGUCUCAGGUGGUCUCUCUGGUUUGGGUUUUGAAACGGUUAAGUUUAUUGCCCAAAGAGGUGGGGGAUGCAUUGUUACACUCUCACGGAGUGCACUAUCUGAAAAGAUACAGAAGAACAUAAGCGCUCUCCAGAGAAGAUAUGAGGUAAGAAUUCUGAAUCUUCAAUGUGACGUCUCUGUGUCCGAACAUGUUAUGGAAGCCAUUACUGUGAUUGGACAACAUUUUUCCUCUUGUCCAAUCAAAGGGGUGUUUCACAGUGCUGCUGUGCUUCACGACGGGUUAUUGGAAAGCCUUGAUCGAUCUCUUUUCCAUAAAGUCCUGCAACCUAAAGUCUGUGGUGCAUUGAAUCUUCACCAUGCAACUCUGCACAGCCCAAAACUUGAUUAUUUUGUGUGCUAUUCUUCAAUCUCAUCCUUCAUUGGAAAUGCAGCACAGGCCAAUUAUGCGGCAGCUAAUUCUUUCCUGGACAGUUUUUGUCACUACAGACGUAACAUUGGACUUGCAGGGCAAUCCAUAAAUUGGGGACCACUUAAAUUGGGCCUGCUAAUGAACAAGGAAAACUUUCAACAAUUUCUGGAAACAAAAGGACUCAUAACCAUGGAUGUUUCGGAGAUCCAUAACGCACUAGAGCAAUGCCUAUUAACUAACAAUACCCAGCAGGUGAUUUGCAAAUUCAGUUUCAGGAACCUAAAGAACCACGUCCUUUCCCAGAAUGCAUCUCUAAAUUUUCGCCUAUCUGCUUUAGUCGAGGAAGGACUGAAAAAUGAAACUCUUGAGGAUUCCAGGGUAGAUGUUCGAUCAUCAGCAAUCGACUCCAUUCGAAGAAUUCUGUCUGAAAUCUGCGGUGUAGAUACUGAUGACGUUCACGAUGAAACAUCUCUCAUGACACUGGGAAUGGACUCAAUGUUGGCCAUGACAAUGCAAAAUCGCUUGUUUCAGGAUAUAGGAGUGAAUAUUCCUCUUGUUGCUAUACUUGAUCCAACCAGUACCCUGUCCUCACUGACUGCACUCAUUAAACAGAGUAAUGUUGAGGAUGGUGAUGUAGAUGUGCUCCUGUAAUUAUUUACCUUAUAACAACAUUGUACAUAGUGCAGUACAUUUUUGUGUAAAGAUAAACCUCUUGUAAAAAUGGAGCAUUGUUUUGUUGUAAGUUUGAUUAUGUGGAAGAUUUGUUAACUACACAUCAAAAAGUAAAACAUUUUAUUGAUUCA